AUGAACCAUUUUCAACCGCGCCAAACCGACGCGUUGAUAGGGCUGAUGCGGAAUUUGCCGGUACUGUGGUUAAAAAGCAGUAAAAUCAACGGCCACAACUCGAAGGAUGUAAAUUUAGCAAAGGCCGAAGCGUGGAAAGCUGUAGCAGAAAGUUUGCGGAUAUCAAUAAAAGAAGCGAAAGAGCAAUGGGCCUACAUUCUGUUAAUACACCGAAAUAUCUACGGCCAGCUACCCGACGAGGCGUUUCGAUACGACUCGCCACCAAAUUGGGACCCUCAUUGGGAUGAAGCCGUCACACACAUCUCGCUCUUGCUGUUUACAAAACCCGGGGCGAUCGGUCUUUUUGACGCGGGGGCCGCUUGGGGGGACGUGUAUGUGCACGUGCCCCUUUUUGUGCUUUUGGUGGUUGUGCUGCGGCUCCGCGCUGGCCGCGUACCACCCCCGACGGCUGGCACCGAGCGGAAACGGCCAAUGGGCUGGGGAUGGGCCCGCGGAGGG